GGGGAUGGAGAAAGUCUGGCCCAUUCAUUCUCUCUGUGAUGAGCCAUGUUUGCGUAAUUAUCUACGUAUAUUGCCCAAAAUUUUCGUGACGAGCUCGGGAAGGCUUUUGAUAAUCUCGGUUGUCUUGAGUCUCGACGCAUUCAGAGCUCGGACGUGGCCGACGGUGUCUGAUUCCGGUUCGAAUUCUCAAAUCGGAAGCAUCAUGGCCUAGCAUGGGCCAUCGGCUGUCUCUGCCGACAAGGCUGUCGAGUGCGAUGACAUCUAACUCGCAGGAAAAUGUUAGCACGUCAGACCCGGUAACACAGACACAACAGCCAUCAGCUUCUACAGGCUCUGGAAGAGCGACGUCCUUUGUUUUCGGACGACGAUCAAGGCGAGGCCGCAGCAGCGAGUCUGCCGAAGCAAAAGCAGAGAAAAAGAAGUCAAAGGGCCAGCAGAACUGGGCUACCAAAUUAAAUUGCCGCAAGAUGAAAGUAAACCAAAGCAAGACCACCUCCGAGUCGAUAGACAUACCUCAGCCAAGCGCCGCAUGCGAGGUGUGCGUCUGCACGGGCUACCGGCGUACAGCCGAGCACCACUUGGGCGCAGGCAUCGUCUUCCAGGCGGCCGCCCCCUAUGUUCCUGAUCUCCCCGAGGUCGACUGCCUCCCACCGAAAGAUCCAGACGACCUCGAAGCAGAGGCAGCUGCGGCGGCGGCCAGAAAGGCGCGCAGGAGCUCCUGUCCGAGUACACUCGGAAGUCAGGCCAACUUGGCUCUGGCGGUGGCUGCCGCUAAUUUGAUGCCGAGUGAUCAGGAAGGUGCUGUAGGAUGUGAUCCUGUAAUUGAUCUGUCAAGAUUCAAACCUGAAGAUUUUCCCACUGAGGACUGUGAUGAGCUUGCUAGACUAGAGAGGGCCAGGGAAAUGAGGGAAGGAGUGGAACCGCCACCAGGUAAACUAAAAUUGGGAUUUGGCCGUUUUAGUUCCUUACGGAGACAAUUUAAUCAAAUAGGUGCUGCAGAUCUGCUUUCGUUAGACGGCCUGGCUGCUGCUCUUUUGCACGCCCACAUAGGAACACCUCCAAACACAGACCAGGCGCAAUCAAUUGUUCCCUUUGAAUUACCACAAAUCAGUGCUUCAGAUAAGGUGCACACCCAAGUGGACUACAUUCACUGUCUUGUGCCUGAUUUGCAUCACAUCACCGCCUGCGGUUUUUAUUGGGGCAAGAUGGACAGAUACGAGGCUGAGCGUCUGCUUGAGGGCAGACAAGAAGGCUCUUUCUUACUGAGGGAUUCUGCACAGGAUGAGUACCUCUUCUCUGUGAGCUUCCGAAAGUAUGGUCGUUCUCUGCAUGCCAGGAUUGAGCAGUGGAACCACCGGUUUAGCUUCGACUCACAUGACCCAGGUGUCUAUUCUUCAGACACAGUUUGUGGAUUGAUUGAGCACUAUAAGGAUCCGACGUGUUGCAUGUUCUUCGAGCCAAUGCUGACCAUCCCUCUGCCUCGAAACUACCCAUUCUCUCUACAACACCUAUCACGAGCUGUUGUAAGCUCAUGCAUCAGCUACGACGGCAUUUCUCAGCUGCACAUUCCAAAGCCGUUGAAGGCCUAUCUGAAGGAAUACCACUACAAGCAGAGGGUGCGCGUUCGGCAUUACGAGAAUGAAAUAUGACAGCGUGAGGUGGGCCAGAUUGUCCGGCCACCCUACAACAGGGACUCGCUGCUCAAAUUCUACAGCUCGUUUGUAUACCAGCGUCAGUGACGUGGGUUGCGGACUAUUGCGAAAAUGUUUGUCCUGCAUCACUAUUUUGGCCAUUGAAGUUUGCUCGUAACGUACUUAAGUGCUUGUGAGUUGCGUGAAGACUUGUAUUUACCUUCUUUUACACUAUUACUCUAAAUGACUUGGUCUACUUUAAAAAUUUGGUGAAUCCUCUUGCAUUCUUGCCAAACUUCCAAAACUUAUAUUUUCGUUGCCCAUCCAAUAUUUCAGUGUUGUGAAAUUAUUACCCCCACGAUGAUAUUCUAUGAUAGUUUCAUGCUACGCUUUUUCUUGCUGAAUGAAAUCAUGCGCAUUGUAUUAUUUUAUUUUAAGUCAAGUUGAACAAUAUGUUAUUUUAUUUGUCGCUCAGGCUGAAAUUAGCUAUUUACUUUUGCUUUCUCACUGUGAUCCUUUAGUGUUGCUGCUGACACCCUUGUUUUCAAUUAUAUUUUCAUUGUCAUUAACUUAUCAAUGGCCAAAGAAGGGAAGGUGAUAAGUAGUGCUAAAUGAAUCAGACUGUAGGCUAGAUUGAUUGAGCAGGGCCACACUUGUGUGUGAGCAUGUAUUUAUUGUGUGCUUCAUAUUCACCAAAUUAUUGGUUACUACAGAUAAUUCUUAUGUUUAUAUUGGAAAAUAAUUCUUAACAAUAUUCUACUGUAAUAUAGCUCACUCGGCUGAAAUGAUCUGUUUUGAUUUAAAUAUAUAUGUGAAUAAUGAAAGCAA